CCCUCGAGCCCAGUGAAGGAGCAGCGGAGCUCAGCUCGGUGUGUUUACGUUGAGAUGCUCACAACAAAGAACAGCACACCGCGGAGGAGAGCCUGUCAUCUCACAUAAAGAACCGGGGAUAUAUAUCUGUUUUAUUACUGUGAUCAUUUUACAACUAAGAGGAAGAGGAGGAGAAAUAACACAAGUGCUCAUCGGCUUCUUUUUUUUUCUUCUACUUUUUGUGUUUUUUUAUUAUAAACCAGCCAAGAGGAGAGAAAUAAAGGAGAAUAUCUAAUUGUUAAGCCGGUGGAGCGGCCUCAGCAAGUUGGACGACAGCCAGGCAGCAGCUGGUGGAGAAGCUAGCAGCAGCACCGACAAGACAACAAUAGGACUUCAUCAUUUAUACCACUGGCAGGGCGAGUGGUGCUGCGAGAGACGGACGCAUGAAGCAUGAGAGGGUGGAGCUGAGGCUUAGCUGACCCUUCCCCUUCCUUCUCCUCCUUUCCCCCCCGUGCUCCAUUCAAUCAGCACCUCCUCCUCCUCCCUUCCCCUCCCUUCCCCUCCUUUCCCCUUCCUAUGUCCCUCACUCUGUGGGAGCUCGCCCAUCUCGCCUCCCCUCCUACUCCAAACCUCAAUCAGCCGUGCCCAAUGUACUCCCCGGAGCAGGAAAACAUCUCCACCACCGCCUCCACCAAAGUGCCAGUGAAGUAUGGAGAGCUCAUUGUGCUGGGGUACAAUGGCUCUCUGCCCAACGGGGACCGAGGCCGACGCAAGAGCCGUUUUGCACUUUGUAAGAGACCGAAGUCAAACGGGGUGAAACCCAGCACAGUUCACAUCGCCUGCUCUCCACAGGCAGCCAAGGCCAUAAGCAACAAAGACCAGCACAGCAUCUCUUACACUCUGUCUCGAGCCCAGACGGUGGUGGUGGAGUACACCCAAGACAGCAAUACAGACAUGUUCCAGAUCGGUCGAUCGACAGAGAGUCCCAUAGACUUCGUAGUGACGGACACGGUGGCGGGCAGCCAGAGUAACGCAGACACCCAGUCGGUCCAGAGCACCAUCUCCCGCUUCGCCUGCCGCAUCAUGUGCCAGCGCACGCCGCCUUACACAGCACGCAUCUACGCCGCGGGCUUCGACUCCUCCAAGAACAUCUUCCUAGGGGAGAAGGCUGCUAAGUGGAAGACGUGUGACGGUCAAAUGGACGGGCUGACAACCAACGGCGUGCUGGUGAUGCACCCUCGAAGCGGCUUCAUCCAAGACUCCAAACCAGGCGUCUGGAGGGAGAUCUCAGUCUGCGGCAACGUCUUCACCCUGCGGGAGACCCGCUCGGCGCAGCAGCGGGGAAAGAUGGUGGAGACUGAGAGUCAGGAGCUGGUCGACGGCUCCCUCAUCGACCUUUGCGGCGCGACCCUACUGUGGCGCACCGCCGAAGGCCUGUCGCGCACUCCCACCCUCAAACACCUUGAGGCGCUGCGGCAGGAGAUCAACGCGGCCCGCCCGCAGUGCCCCGUGGGCUUCAACACGCUGGCCUUCCCCUCCAUGCGUCGCAAGGACACGCCGGACGAGAAGCAGCCCUGGGUGUACCUCCAUUGUGGCCACGUGCACGGCUACCACAACUGGGGCAACCUACGCGAGGAGCGGGAGGGCCGGGAAGGCCGGCAGAGGGAGUGUCCCAUGUGCCGAGCGAAAGGGCCGUACGUGCCGCUGUGGUUGGGCUGCGAGGCGGGGUUCUACGUAGACGCCGCCCCGCCCACUCACGCCUUUAACCCCUGCGGCCAUGUUUGUUCAGAGAAGACGGCGGCCUUCUGGAGUCAGAUCCCGUUGCCGCACGGCACGCACACCUUCCACGCCGCCUGCCCCUUCUGUGCCCAACAGCUGACUGGUGAGCAGGGCUUCGUCAGACUCAUCUUCCAGGGACCCCUCGACUAGCAGGGGGCGACUUCCCAGCAUCCUUUGGGUGAAGCAGAGCGGGGAGUUUUUUUUGUUAAGACCCUGCAAUGAAAUCGGGGAGCGACACAGAUUUGUUUUCUUUCCUCUGCGGUUAAGAUAUAAACUUUUUUCUGGACUUUUUGUCUCAUUUUUAAGUGACCUUUGUAUUGCUUUUUCAUGAAUAACAACAAAGAUUUCUAUAUUUUCAUGCGAAACCAGAGACACAAAAACCAAACAGAGAACACUGCUGGGUAAAUGUUUUGUUUGUUUCUCGGAAAGAACUUUCAACAACAGUAUUUUUCUAAAUUACUAACGUGCCGUAGUGCAAACGUACGGUUUUUAUUCAUGUUUAUUGUUGCAAUACACAUCUGUGUACAUCUCUUAGAGCUUAUUUAAACAAAGAUGUUUAUUUAUGGCCCAUCGCUUCAUCCUUUAUCUGUCAGAUAUGCCUAACUUCAAUACUAUUUAGCAUUUUAAUUUGACAACACAGUAUAUUGUUAAUCAGAUAUAAAGUUCUAGGUGUGUUCUGAGGGUUCUGUGUCUCCCCCCCCCAUGUUCACCCCUCAGAUCUGUUUGUCGUAUUUAUACACCCCCGUCCUCCGGCGUGCUCUCACUUUGUGUGUUAACCCUCCCUCAGUUAUACUCGUCGCCUUUUCACAUUCAAAGCAAUAGAUCUGGAACGGAAACCUCCUAAAGCAUUAUGGGAAACUGAGUCUUCUAGGCGUCUCAGACAGCCUGGAUGGACUGCUCCCUCCCUUUAAAGUCCGACUGACACGUUUCAGUAGGUGAGUGAAUCUUUUCUGAUCACAGGUUAGCCAUGAUACCGCAGCUAUGUAGCUAACACACACACACACACACACACACACACACACACACACACACACUCACACACUCAAAUCAGACCUGGUCAAAUACUUUUUAUUACAUUAAAAGUGGAAAGGAGCUUGCAUAUUAUACAAAAA